UCAGCAUUGUCUACUCGACAGAAAACCCUAACGUUCUCCAUCUUCAUCCUCUCCAUCAGAACCGAACUGAAACGGUAACAAAAUUUCCUCAUUUUCCAAACCCAAACCCAAACCCUAACCCCAAGCUUCCCAAAAUGCUCCUAUAAUCCCAUAUCAUUUCGGCAUUGCCCCUCCCCUUCCAUACAUAUAAUCCAUACAUACAUACCCAUACACAAAACAGAUUUUCUGAAAUUAUGUCGCAGGAUGGGGCAGCGGCAAUGGUUUCGGCAUCGCUAACAGCGACUGUGACGGGGACGGCAGCGGCAGCUGGGACGGGAAUAGUGCCUGCAACUGUCGAUCGGAGGAUUUCCGAGCCUCAAUCUCCGGCAACUGAAAUUAGAAAUGUUAAUAACAACAAUGGCAGCAGAAACGAUAAAAGUAUUACCAAUAAGAAUGGGAAUGGGACGCUUAUGCCUCCACCGCCACCGCCAUCGCAGGUUUUUCCGACCUAUAGUUCCCACAGGCUGCGGCUGAACCCUAGCGCCGAUCACAAGCCGGAUAGUUAUGAGGAUUUGCAAUUGGACUUCAGUCCUCUGCUUUUCAGCUCUCUGGAGAGGUAUUUGCCGCCAACUCUCCUCAAUUCGUCGCGGGAGACGAAGGUUCAUUACAUGCGUGAAAUCCUCCUCCGUUACUCCACCGAAAGCGAGCGAAAUCGUGUUCAGAAGCACAGAGAAUACAGGCAAAAGAUUAUAUCGAACUAUCAGCCUUUACAUAGGGAACUGUAUAUUAUGCAAGCUUCAAAUUUCUUUGUCCCUUCGUUUCUCAAGGCUGUGAGUGAAAACACUGAAGAAAGUUUCAGAAGUAUAAUGUCUGAACCAUCUCCAGGAGUUUUUGCAUUUGAAAUGCUGCAACCUCGCUUUUGUGAAAUGCUGUUGGCUGAGGUAGAAAAUUUUGAGAAGUGGGUGCACGAAACGAAAUUCAGAAUCAUGCGGCCCAAUACAAUGAACAAAUAUGGUGCUGUCCUUGAUGAUUUUGGACUGGAAACAAUGCUCGACAAAUUGAUGGAAGAAUUUAUACGCCCAAUGUCAAGAGUGUUCUUUCCCGAAGUUGGUGGAGCCACACUUGACACACAUCAUGGAUUUGUCGUCGAGUAUGGAAUGGAUAGAGAUGUUGACCUCGGUUUCCAUGUGGAUGACUCAGAAGUCACUCUGAAUGUAUGCUUGGGAAAGCAGUUCUCUGGUGGAGAGUUAUUCUUCCGAGGUGUGCGGUGUGAGAAACAUGUAAAUUCUGAAACUCAGCCUGAGGAAAUCUUGGAUUAUUCCCAUGUCCCUGGGCGAGCUGUUCUUCACCGUGGUCGCCAUCGGCAUGGUGCUAGGGCUACAACAUGUGGGCACCGAAUUAAUUUAUUACUGUGGUGUAGAAGUUCCGUUUUCAGAGAGUUGAGAAAAUACCAAAAGGAUUGUUCAGGCUGGUGUGCAGAGUGUCAACGGGAGAAGAAAGAAAGGCAGCGUCAGUCAGUUGCUGCAACGAAACUGGAAUUACUGAGAAGAGAAGGAGAAGCUGCUUCUUGAACAGUUUAUUGUCUCUAAUUAUUGUGCUGCAAAGAGAAGGAGAUGAAGCUGCUACUUGAACAGUUUAUUGUCUCUAAUUAUUGCGCGGCAAAGAGAAGGAGAUGAAGCUGCUUCCUAGCUGUUCAUUGUGUUUUGACUUUUGCUUUGAAACUGUAAUAUAGCUCAACUCAUCCUCAUGGCAGAAGCAUUUUCCCGUUAGUCGUAUAGGGAUGCUGAAGAUGUUGUCUGUUUUGUCCUUUUUUUUGUCAAGAUAGCUGUACAUCUAAAUCAAGUAGGUGUUGGGUCAUCCCAAUUGUUAGCUGACUUGAAUAUGGCUUACCAUUUGGUACAAUGAACAUUUUGUAGUGAGUUGAAUCCUCAUGGUGAAUGAAGCUGUACUCUGUAGAUGAGUGGUGCUCUGCACAUCUUUAGAUACA